GUGACCUUCAAGUGCUCAGCCUCUCCAUAAGCCAUUUGUGCCGCUAUCCUCUAUCUGACUUUGAUGCUUGGUGCUUAUAGUAGGUGUAGUGUGAAAAAUGGAUGUUAGGAAUGUCAGGGAAAUACUUGAGAGUAAAUUCUAGUCAUUGGAAAUAUGGAAGAUCUUCAAUUAGCUACAUUUGGUUCUCCUUCUCCCUCGGGAGAAGACAUAAGUUCCUCCGAUAUAAACUUUGAUAGGACACUUCCUGGUCUGCAUAAGUAUCUCCGUGCAGAUUUUGUAGAUGUAGGAGGUCGUACUUUUCUGGAACCUGGAAGUGAAACACACAUGUAUGCAUUCUUCCGUGCAGGUGUAGUUUUGGUGCCCGGACAUUCUCUCCCGCUAAUACCUUACGGUCCACUAGAGUCAGAUCUCCUACAGAAGCUUAAUAAGGAGAAGAAGCCACUCAUAUUUCUUCCUGGAUACCGUAGUAGUCAAAGAAUACACAUGGGUAUAAUAUGGAAAGUGAGCAGUUUUGAUGGGUUGAGGCGUGGAAAAGAUGUUCAUAUAAUGCAACACAAAAUACUCACGUGAUCUCCCGAAUUUUGUCUUAUUCCCCAUUUGGUCAGAGAAUAAUUACCCAUAUUUCCGCGCGUUACCGAUAACGUUUACAGAAUUAACUCGUUUUUUCCGACCUUACUCUGCCCUGAACAGAAUACUACCGUUGUUUUACUCACUUGACCCAUGCACACGGAACAAUUCUCCUACUGGGAUGCUAAUCGCAAUGCUGCCACGAGUAAUGUGGGUGAGACUGAAUCUUAGUAAUAGUCACAUCCAUUGCGAAUUACUGUACUUUCUUACUCUUACCCAAACGUGCUGAGGUCCGAUUGGCGAACAGAUACUAUAUAAGUUUAUAUUGCACAAAUUCUCUUUUUCACUUGCUACCACAAGUUAGCAGGGGGAUUUCAAAAUAAAUUUUGCGCAGACUACUCAUCAUAAAUGCCAAGUCUGUGGAAAAUUAGAUCUGUCUAAAUGAUACAGUAAACAAUUUAGAUAGACAUGGAAACCUCGUAGUUUUUACUACAAACGUGGCUUAAGUUAGUGAACUCUGGAUUCGAAUGCCGAUCCACUGUAUCUGGUCUAGGAACUGAUCGGAUAAGCAACCCAAUAAGCUGUCAGCCUAGUGCAUACAAAAUAUGUUUUGGUUAACUGCGCUCUAACUCUCACGCUCGUUCUGAUUACCAUCGUUCGAAUAUCUGGAAAACUACUUGACCAAUUUCCAAAUUACAAAGUUAUGUGAUUGACUGGUGUCCAACUACCAUUGUGAUGUCAGUAAAUGGGAUCAGCUGAAGUUGCUAUUCGUUUCUUCAGCCCAUGGCUCCCACAUGCAGAUCUUUUCUGACUUUUUAUUCUGAAUGAAAGUGUUGGCAUUAUUUUUAAUUGGUGGAUCUGCUAACUUCACCUUUCCUAUUUUCAGAGGCUUACUGUCGGCUAGUAAGCUAGGUAAGGUUUAGGAGUGCAUCGGCCGGGAAUCGAAUCUCGUUCUAUAUGCGUAGUUGGAAGAUGUUAUACCAAUGAAAUAUCGACCCACGUUAUAUCCUAAUAGCAGGGGAAAUCCACCUUUAAACAAUCCUAAAUUGUAGUGCUAGAGGGGUGCUCUGAAAACUCGCACAAAGAUACUAUAACGUGCUCAACCUAAGCUGAAAACGUUUACUACUGUUUAAAUUCAUCUGACUUUGUAUAGUUAGAUAUCAUGCCCUCUUGUAUUACAUUUUAUGUUCCACCUUUCAGCUGUAUUCCACUUCCUGUUAUGCUGCUAAAAGUGUGAUUAAAUGGUCUAAUUUAGUGUGGGGUUCGGUUCGUUGACCGAAUCGUUUCCUCUUGCUUAUCAGGCUUAAGUUCACCUAGCUUAAUAUGGAUGUUUGGGUAGCAUCAGAAGUCUUGACAUCAUAUAGCUGACAGCCUUGUACAUAAACAGGUUGCAGGUUGUUUAAGUGCAACUAAAUAAACCACUGGAUCAUGGUUUUAGAUUUCACUUACCCACAGUGGCGUGGAGAACGUAAUCUUACCACACACACACACAUACGCGUUAGUUUUGUAGCCCAAUAUAUAGGACUGUAUAGUGUUAGGGAUUUGUUUUCUGAACGUCCUCACAGAACUAAUUGAUUUUUAGGAAUUUUGUCACGUUUACAGUAGAGGAAAAUUCUUAUUAAAGUUAUGGCAAUGGUUAAGCAAUAAUUUUUGAAUGGAUUAUUCAGGAACUUUAUGGUUAAGAAAAUUGGUCUCCUUCACUUGUUAAUCAUUGUUGGUACUAAUUUAGACUAAAUUCGUUGAUCUAACUUCGCAACAUAGGAGUUAAGAGUUCACUGUCGAUUUUCUAAGAUUUAGUUUACAAAUAAAAUUCUCUCCCUUUAAGGUUUAAGCCUUCUAAGGUUUUGCUCUGGGGAAUUUUCAAAUCCUCAUAGUUUAUUUGUAUAUCAUCCUAAGUUCUCUUUACCCACCUAAAGUAUUGUGGUCCUCGGAAAAUACCAUGCGCUCUUGUAAAUUAUAUGAAUUAGAUGCCGUGCAUUACUUAAAGUGGAAAAUUAAAUAAACACCAAAAUUAUUAUCACCCUUCUUGUAUUCAUCUUUACACAAUGCAGUAGUUGUAAACUUGCAGAUGACUUGACUUACUUGAAUCUAGAGAUUUUUCAAGGAUAUACCAUAUUUUGAACUUAAAUUGCAGUUGUCUUCAGAUUAUUUGUAUUUCUUAACAUUAAUAUUGGUGUCUUAGAAAUCAUUAUGUUCGUUUGAACAUAACUAAGGUAGUUUUGAGAAUGUUUGGACCUAUGUGAUUGAGCCUUAACGGGGAAUCUGCGAUAAAACGCAGGAGUUCUAGUUACCACACCCCAUGUAGGACAAAUGUAGGGAAAAGAAAGGAAAAGAGGUUCGGAACAUCUACAGUAAACGGAAAUGCGAGGGGGAGAGAAUCUUAAAAUGGAGAAACGUUAGGCUGUAAUGAAUAUGGGAGAAUAUAGAGGCUGAAUACAUCUGUGCCAUUGAGAAAGAUUUUGAGCUAUAUCACCAAUACUUUCCAGCCAUUUGUGCUUGGCGUCCCUGGGACCCCAACUAGGCAGUUUACGCCUGCCUAUGUGGCUGGCUCGAACCAAUAUUCAAAGAUUUAAACGACUGAUUCCUUGCUCUUAUUUGACCACCACUAACUCUUUUCCAACCUUAUUCCAAUUCCAGCUAAAAUUGCUCGUUGGAUAAGGCAAUGAUUCCGCGCAACACGUAUCCUAACCCUCUCAAUCGAUGUCGCUUCACAGCCGCAGCUAUUGACUUUCCUUCCUUACAUAGCAUUCUUUGCCUAAUCUGGAUACUGCUCACCAUAUUUCACCACUUAUAAUGAAAGAAAUGGCGCAAACAUUUAUGGUUAAAGACAUCCAGUUUCGUCAUAUCUUUCACUUUCAAUAGUCGUGUAUCAGUCAUAAAAGAGGAGCAAACUGAUGCAUAGGUUUAAGUCUUAUGUCACAUCAACACAUUGGGAGUAUUCAAUACGAGUGGAAUUACUCAUACCAGUCUCCAUAUAACGAAAAUAAACGGUAGAGUGGGAAUGAUGAUGUACAAGAGCAAUAUGCGGAUGGUGGUGUAGCAUAACCCCUGUGUUUAUGUACCAUUGUUAUAGUCAAUUGAAAAUCAAUCCAAGCGUCAGGGUAUUGUAUGCUAUCAGCAUUAGUAAUUAGUAGUAUCCUCGUCCCAUGCUUUUGUCAUCUGUUUGUUCAAUAUGUUUCGUUGCAAAGUUUGAAAUAUUUCAGGCAAUUAAGUGUUUAUAUUUUCAUGCUCUCGUUUUUCUUUCUUUUUUAAAAAAAUUUUAGUUCAGAUUAUACAAGUCUAGCGGAUUUCGUCGGUUGUAUUGGUACUACAGCCGACUUAGUGGCAAUAUGUAUUCCAGAUUCCGGCGAAGAUGCUCCUAUUUGUGCUAUGUUUAUUGGCAGACAGCGUAUCCGCAUCACAAAGGCAACACGUGACUCAUCAUAUCCUCUGGUUUGUCAUGGCGAAAUAUUACCGGAAUCAUCAUUUAACCGUGAAAUGGCUACUCAUCCUUUGGGUUGGGGUUUAGUUCCUAGAUCUUGGUCUCGUUUUGCUCGUGAUCCACAACCGACACGUCCAAGUACAUGCAUUUCUACGGAUUCAGUUCAGUCUACAAAGGCUUCUGAUGAUCGUUCUCUUCAUAAAAGUAAUUCAAGCUGUCCUGAAUCAAAUCCUAUCACAAUAAAUUCAUGUAAUCUGCCAGCUGGAAAUCCUUUCUCUAUCUUUGAUUCUCGUCUAAGUACAUGGAGAAGUACAGGACCUAUUAAUUCCAGUGAUGUAUCUUCUUCAUGCUGUUCUACAGGUGCACGAUUUGAUCAUUUUGUUGAUGAAAGUUUGGAACAGGAAAGUAAUUCAAAGAAAGUAAAAUGUGAUCUUGAUAAAAUUGACAAUAGAAAUGAUACUGAUGUAAGUUGUGCAUCAUCACAUAAUGACGCAGCACAAUCUAUGAAACCAGCGACAAAACUUGUUAGGUCGUCUUCGCUUUCAGAAGAUGUUGAAUUGAUUGUGGAUCGUGCUGUAGACAGAGUUGGUCGACCUUUUCGCUAUCGUAUUAAGCAGCAAUGUGAUCCGCGUCUCUUAGCACGUCGUGAUGUCUUGGCAGCCGUUGCACAAACUUAUGUUCCCCUUCCGUUUUGGGUUUAUCGACAGUAUGAUUUGAAUCUUCCAAUAUCCGGUCCAUUAAAAUGUCAUAUAUUGGGUAUUGAUCAUGUGGUGCAACGUUUACGUGCUUUACUAGAAGUUAUACGUCGUUCAACUGCAUAUGUAUGUGCAUCGUGUGAUGCAAACAUUACUUCAAAUCCACACAUUGUUUGUAUUGCUCAAGAAGGAAGUUCACAAACAUACGUGAAUCCAUCCGGUGUUCUACAUGAUACUGUGACUGUCAGUCAUGUCACGACCAACUCUCUUAAUCUUGUCGGUGAAGCAUCGUCAGAAUAUUCUUGGUUUCCUGGGUAUUCUUGGACUAUAGCCCACUGUAAUGCUUGUUAUCAACAUAUAGGUUGGUUAUUCACCGCUUUAAAUGAUCAACUACGUCCAAGAAGAUUUUGGGGUAUUCGUCGUCAGGCAAUUUUACCCGGUUUAGUUGGUGGAUCAGGUUGGCGUCCUUUUAUCUAAAGGGGUAUCACAGUGAUGAAAUCUCUGUAUCUGUCUCUGUCUCUUUAUCCCACAAUUUGAGGCAUUGUAAUCAAUGAUGGACUUCACAACGCUCUUCGCUUUUUCGUUUUGUUGGUCCUGUGUGUUCGUCCUGUCCAGUGACAUAUACACACAUAGAUGUGCUCGGAAUCGAAGUUGUUUUUCUUUGUGCAAAUUAAUUUUGCUUCUAUGCAUGCACCUUUUUAUUAUUAUUAAUCGUGUGUUUUGUUGAAUUUCUCACACCAAACACACACACUUUAGCAUAUUUCUCGUGUUUGUUUUUUUAUACACGAAUUCCACUACUCAUCAGUAUAUCACAGUUGUCAUCGUCAUCAGUAGCAUAAAUAGGCGAUCAAAUCAAACUGUGUGUUGUAUUAUUUCUUUCUUCUAUGCUUUGAUAAAAGUCAUAUAACAGAUAUUUUGUGACAUUCUGUUGGUAUCUUUCUUUUUUUCUUAAAAAAAUUUAGGCUUUUUGUUGCAUUGAUGUACAAUUAGUUCCCUUUGCUUUAAAGUAUCUUUUCACCUCCUACGAUAUUCGAAAGUUUGCCCAGUUUUCAAUUUUGACCUAUUGGUUUUGUGUGUGUGUGUGUGUGUAUGUGCAUUGACUUUGUUUCUGUUGUCCUAAACAUGUUAUUGUUACUGUUUGUUUGUCACCGUCAUUUGUCUGUUUUUUUUUCAUUUUGUGUUCUGAAUCACCACUCCUUCUUCGUCCUACUACGUAUUUAGCGUUGGAGUUGCGGUUAUCAGUUUGUCAUGAAUAAGGCCAGUUAUGCUUGAAUCUGUUGGACUGAGGAGAAAAAAGCGUUCACAAAGAAUAGUUUAUUGCAUCUAUUUUGUACACUUCGCGCCUAUAAAAUGUAAUUAAUAAUAAUUUAUUUUACAG